AGGCAUCAUCUUCGUCGUCAUCACCACCCAAAAAAACUGAGAGUCAAAGGUCAUCAACAGCUUCAGAUCCUUCUUCUUUUUCUUCUCAAUCUCUCUUUCUCUCUCCUACUUUCUCUCUCUACAAACCCUUCACUCAAAGUUCCAAAAAAAUUUCAUCUCAGGUGUUGUUGCUAUUUGAGCAGGAAGUCUCUGGCUUGAUUCGUGUAAUCAGUUUCUUGUUAAUGCAAGUUUAGCUAUUAGGGAAACUUGCAGUGGUAUGAUGCUGAGGGCAGUAUGCAGGCUAUAGUUGGGGGAAAUGCAAAGGUAUCAUGGUGGCAGCUGCACUAGUGCAGUUAAUAACAGUGCAAUUGGUGGGCCAUCUGCUAGGGACACUGGAAGAUCUGAUUCAUCUUUGCCAGCUAAUUUCCCUGUAAAUUCAAGGCGUCAGCCACAGUUAAACCCAUACAAGUUGAAGUGUGAUAAAGAACCCUUGAACUCUAGGCUUGGGGCACCAGACUUUCAUCCCCAGACACCAAAUUGCCCUGAGGAGACUUUGACCAGAGAAUAUUUGCAAAAUGGAUAUAAGGAUACAGUUGAAGGACUUGAGGAAGCUAGAGAAAUUUCACUGACCCAGGUUCCAAAUUUCAACAAGACAAUUGUUCUUAAUUGCAAAGAGGCCAUCAGAAAACGUCUAAGGGCCAUUAAUGAAUCUCGUGCUCAGAAGAGGAAGGCUGGUCAAGUAUAUGGUGUGGCUCUUUCAGGAUCACAACUUGCUAAGCCUGGUGUUUUCCCUGAGCUAAGGCCAUCUGGUGAGGACUUCCGGAAGAAAUGGAUUGAGGGCUUAUCUCAACAGCACAAGCGACUACGCUCUUUGGCUGAUCAUGUUCCUCAUGGUUAUAAAAGGGCAUCACUUUUAGAGGUUCUUAUCAAGAAUAAUGUUCCAUUGCUGAGGGCCACCUGGUUUAUAAAGGUUACUUACCUCAAUCAGGUUAGACCUGGUUCUGUUGGUAUUUCUUCUGGGACUGCUGACAAAAUUCAGCUGUCUCGUUCUGAGGUUUGGACCAAAGAUGUUAUCAACUAUUUGCAUACUCUUCUGGAAGAAUUUUACUCAAAAAAUCCUUCUCAUUCUACUCCUCAUAGCCGAGAGCGAUCACCACAAAUGCCUUAUACUGGAUCACUGCAGCACAAAAGUGAUUCAUUAUUAUCUGUUUCUGAUGGUGAAGAGCCAUCUUUACAUUUUAGAUGGUGGUAUAUUGUGCGGCUUCUGCAAUGGCAUCAUGCUGAAGGGCUGCUUUUUCCUUCUCUUGUCAUUGAUUGGGUUUUGAAUCAACUACAGGAAAAAGAACUGCUUGAGGUUUGGCAGCUGUUAUUGCCUAUUAUAUAUGGCUUUUUAGAAAUUGUUGUUCUAUCUCAAACUUACGUACGCACUCUUGCUGGGUUAGCUCUUCGUGUCAUUCGUGAUCCUGCUCCAGGUGGAUCAGAUCUAGUAGAUAAUUCCAGGAGGGCAUAUACAACUUACGCUCUGAUUGAGAUGCUCCGGUAUUUAAUACUUGCAGCGCCAGAUACUUUUGUGGCUCUGGAUUGCUUUCCUUUACCAUCGUCUGUGGUUUCACAUACAAUGAAUGAUGGGAAUUUUGUACUAAAGUCAACUGAAGCUACUGGGAAGAUAAAAAAUAGUGCAGAUGAUUUUGGUCAUAUUAUUUCCUGCAUUCAGAAACAUGCAGAAAAUCUUGCAAAAGCUGCAAGCCCAGGCUAUACAGGUCAUUGUUUGGCUAAAGUUGCAAAAGCCUUGGAUAAAUCUCUUGUGCUGGGUGAUUUAGGUCUAGCAUAUAAGUUUCUUUUUGAAGAUCUUUGUGAUGUAACUGUAUCUGAAGUUUGGGUUUCGAAAGUAAGCCCUUGCUUAAGGUUAUCACUCAAAUGGUUUGGGAGUGUAAAUACAUCACUUAUAUAUUCAGUAUUUUUCCUUUGUGAGUGGGCAACCUGUGAUUUCAGGGAUUUUCGUACUACCCCUCCUUGUGACAUAAAAUUUACAGGUAGGAAAGAUCUUUCCCAAGUGCAUAUAGCAGUUAGACUUUUAAAGAUGAAGAUGAGGGAUGUGAAGAUUUCACCAAGAAAAGCAAAUCAGAGCAAACACAGAGGCAGUUAUUUUGCAAAAUAUUCAAAUCAGCAUCAUAAUGUAUCCAAAUUAAAAUCUAGUGCAAAAUAUUUGGACCAGAGCACCAGUUCUUCAGUUAUAUUUGAAAGCCCAGGUCCUCUCCACGAUAUUAUAGUUUGUUGGAUUGAUCAGCAUGUAGUGCAUAAAGGGGAAGGUCUCAAGCGCCUACAUCUAUUUAUAGUGGAACUCAUACGUGCAGGGAUCUUUUACCCCUUGGCAUAUGUACGCCAGCUGAUAGUGAGUGGGAUCAUGGAUAUGAAUGUAAAUGUGGUUGACAUGGAGCGACGGCAGAGACACUAUCGCAUCUUAAAGCAGCUUCCUGGACGCUUUGUGCAUGAUGCUCUGGAAGAAUCAGGGAUGGUUGAAGGCCUGCAGCUCAUUGAAACCUUGCAAAUUUACUUGAAUGAACGCCGUCUCAUACUUCGUGGUCCUCUGAGUGAGCACCGUGAUGAUGCCAGUAGUGCCAACAAUAUAUCGGCCCCGAAGCAAAAACGAAAGCCAGCUUCUACAAAGGAUGGAGCUUCUACAGUGUCAGUUGAUCAGUGGAAACCUGUACUUUCUAACACUAUAUCUUCUAAAAAUGGCAAGGAUGAUGCUAGCAUUGAAGAACUGAAAGCAGCCAUCUCAGUACUGUUACAGCUACCUAAUAGUUUAUCUAAUUUGAGCACUUCAGGAUGUGAUGACUCUGAAGGCAGUGUUAGAAAACCUAUCUGGUCUCAGUACAGAAAACCUAUCUGGUCUCAGUACAGCAAGAUUGAUCCAGUGGAGGGUACACCGGGGUGUGAAGAAUGUAGAAGAGCAAAGAGACAAAAAUUAAGCGAGGAAAGGAGCUUGUUUGUUCAUGGUCAUUCUCCAGUUCUAUCAGAUGAUGACGAUACAUGGUGGGUGAAGAAGGGGCUGAAAUCUUCAGAGACUCUCAGAGUUGAUCAACCACUAAAGUCUACCAAGCAGACUACUAAGAGUCGGCAGAAGAAUGUGCGCAAAACUCAGAGUCUUGCUCAACUGGCAGCUUCUAGAAUUGAGGGUAGCCAAGGGGCAUCAACUAGUCAUGUGUGUGAUAAUAAGGUAAACUGCCCUCACCAUAAAACUGCUAUGGAUGGAGAGACACCAAGGUCUGUGGAUAGCACGCGGACAAGUCAUUGUGGGGAUAUUGUCUCCAUUGGAAAAGCACUAAAGCAGCUUCGCUUUGUUGAGAAAAGGGCAAUAGCAAUUUGGUUGAUAACUGUUGUUAGGCAGGUGCUUGAAGAAACUGAAAGAAAUGUUGGUAAAGUUGGUCAAUUUGGGAGGCCCUUUCCUAUGGUGGAUGAUAGAAGCUCAAUACGGUGGAAACUUGGUGAGGAUGAACUUUCUGCAAUACUUUAUUUGAUGGAUAUCUCUGAUGAUUUAGUAUCAGCUGUCAAGUUCCUCCUCUGGUUGCUGCCGAAGGUUCUCAAUAGUCCCAAUUCUACAAUUCAUAGCGGGAGGAACCUUCUCAUGCUGCCAAGGAAUGUGGAAAACCAAGUUUGUGUUGUGGGAGAGGCUUUUCUGUUAUCAUCACUCAGAAGGUAUGAGAACAUUCUUGUUGCAGCUGACCUUAUUCCUGAAGCUUUGUCAUCUGCAAUGCAUCGUGCUGCCACUAUUAUUGCAUCUAAUGGAAGGGUGUCAGGUUCAGGAGCCCUAGCUUUUACUCGGUAUUUAUUGAAAAAAUACAGCAAUGUGACUAGUGUCAUUGAGUGGGAGAAAACUUUUAAGACUACAUGUGAUGCAAGACUUUCCUCCGAACUUGAGAUUGGAAGGUCAGUGGAUGGAGGAGAGUUAGGGAUUCCCCUUGGAGUUCCUGCAGGAAUUGAGGACCCUGAUGAUUUUUUCCGUCAGAAGAUAAGUGGUGGCCGGUUGCCAUCCAGAGUAGGUGCAGGCAUGAGAGACAUAGUGCAGCGUAAUGUUGAAGAAGCGUUCCACUAUCUUUUUGGAAAAGACAGAAAGCUCUUUACUGCUGGAACACCAAAAGGUCCUGCUUUAGAAAAAUGGGAUAAUGGAUAUCAAAUUGCUCAACAAAUAGUUGUGGGUCUGAUUGACACCAUAAGGCAGACUGGCGGUGCUGCCCAAGAAGGGGAUCCAUCUUUGGUCUCUUCUGCCGUUUCUGCAAUUGUUGGCAGCAUUGGUCCAAAUUUAGCAAAAAUGCCUGAUUUUUCAUCUGUCAUUAAUCAUUCAAAUGUAAUCUCAGCAACAAGUUCAUUGAACUAUGCCAGAUGCAUUCUGCGAAUGCAUGUAACCUGUCUGUGCCUGCUUAAGGAAGCCCUGGGAGAACGCCAAAGCCGUGUGUUUGAUAUUGCUCUUGCAACCGAAGCUUCUACUGCUCUUGCUGGUGUUUUUGCUCCUAGCAAAGCAUCUCGAGCUCAGUUUCAAAUGUCUCCUGAAGCCCAUGAAAGUGGUACCCCUAUUUCCAACGAUGUGGGAAGCAACUCUAGUAAAGUUGUGGUUGCCAAAACAACAAAAAUUGCUGCUGCUGUUUCUGCACUAGUUGUUGGUGCAGUUAUAUAUGGUGUUACCAGCCUGGAAAGAAUGGUAACCAUUCUUAGAUUAAAGGAGGGGCUCGAUGUAGUACAAUUUGUAAGAAGCACCAGAUCCAAUUCAAAUGGAAAUGCUCGUUCAGUUGGGGCUUUUAAGGUUGAUAGUUCUGUUGAAGUUCACGUCCAUUGGUUUAGAUUGCUUGUUGGAAACUGCAGAACUGUCUGUGAAGGAUUGGUAGGGGAACUCUUGGGUGAACCAUCUAUUAUAGCUCUUUCAAGGAUGCAACGUAUGCUUCCUCUAAGUUUGGUCUUUCCUCCUGCGUAUUCAAUAUUUGCCUUUGUUAAGUGGCGGCCCUUCAUCCUGAAUGCAAAUGUUACUGUUCGUGAAGACAUGAAUCAUCUUCAUCAGUCACUAACAAUGGCAAUAGCUGAUGCAAUAAAACAUUUGCCUUUUCGAGAUGUAUGUUUUAGAGACUGUCAGGGUCUUUAUGAUCUUAUGGCUGCAGAUGCAAGUGAUACUGAAUUUGCUUCCUUGCUAGAGUUGAACAGCUCUGAUAUUCAUUUAAAAUCUAUGGCAUUUGUUCCUCUCCGGUCUAGACUCUUUCUUAAUGCCAUGAUUGAUUGUAAGAUGCCACAAUCUAUUUAUACAAAGGAUGAUGGGAGCCGGAUUUCUGGACCCAGUGAAUCUAAAAUUCAGUUUACAGAUAGUGAGUCUAAGCUUCAGGAUAAGCUUGUGCAUGUUUUAGAUGCCUUGCAACCUGCCAAAUUUCACUGGCAGUGGGUUGCACUCAGGUUGCUUUUAAAUGAACAAGCCCUCAUUGAAAAACUGGACACACAUGACCUGUCCUUAGCUGAUGCUAUACAUUUGUCCUCACCUCAUCCAGAGAAGGCUGCUGCUGAUUCUGAAAAUGAGAAAAAUUUUAUUCAAAUACUUCUCACAAGGUUACUCGUUAGACCUGAUGCUGCACCCCUUUUUGCAGAGUUGGUUCAUCUCUUUGGUAGGUCACUAGAGGAUUCAAUGUUGUUGCUAGCUAAAUGGUUCCUUGGAGGCCAGGAUGUUCUCUAUGGUCGGAAGACCAUUAGACAAAGGCUACAUAACAUUGCCGAGAGUAAAGGACUUUCUGUUAAAACCCAAUUUUGGGAGCCAUGGGGCUGGUGUAGUCCUUGUACUGAUCCAGUGACUAUCAAGGGGGAUAAAAAGAAGUUUGAUACCACAUCUCUUGAAGAAGGAGAAGUUGUUGAAGAGGGAACGGAUCCGAAAAGGUGCCUAAAAGGGUUCUCUCAAGUGUUUGACUCUGAAAGCUCAAGCAGUAACCAGCAGCAUGUGACUGAGAGGGCUCUUAUUGAGUUACUUCUUCCUUGCAUAGAUCAAAGCUCUGAUGAUUCCCGCAAUUCCUUUGCAAAUGAUUUGAUGAAACAAUUAAAUUCUAUUGAGCAACAAAUAACUGGUAUUACACCUGGGGCAAGUAAGCCAGUGGGAAGUACCCCUGCUGGAACUGAAGGCCAGACAAAUAAAGUAAACAACCGCAAAGCUAUAAGAGGUGGCAGCCCUGGAUUAGCUAGACGACCAACAGUUGCAACAGAUUCUUCUCCACCAUCUCCUGCCGCCCUACGUGCUUCUAUGUCAUUGCGAUUGCAGUUACUCUUGAGAUUUCUUCCUAUUCUUUGCACUGAAAGGGAACCAUCUGUGCGGAACAUGAGACAUUUUCUUGCCCCUGUAAUUCUUCGUCUCCUUGGUAGCCGAGUUGUGCAUGAGGAUGCCGGAAUGUCUGCUGCUCCUGAAGCCGAGGGUCUGUUUAAUCGUUUGUUGUUGGUUUUGCAUGGGUUGUUGAGUAGCCAUCCUCCAAGUUGGCUUAGGCCAAAAUCUGUUUCAAAGACAAUCAAUGAAUCUACAAGGGAAUUUUCUGGAGUUGAUCGAGAGAUAUUGGAGAGUUUGCAGAAUGACUUGGAUAGUAUGCAACUACCAGACAUUAUCCGGUGGCAUAUCCAAGCUGCAAUGCCUGUAGUCUUCCCCUCUACGCGGUGCUCUUUCUCCUGCCAGCCACCGACUGUUUCAGUUUCUGCUCUUGCUUUUCCUCAACCAAGCAUUACAAGUUCUGGGUUUAACUCCACUAGUUCAACUAUCCCUCAGAGGAACCUGGUUCUAUCAAGGGUUGCAGCUAAUGCAUCAGGGAAGUCAAAACAACAGGACAAUGAUUUGGAAAUUGAUCCUUGGACGCUUUUAGAAGAUGGCGCCGGAGCUUGCUCUUCUUCAAGUAAUACUGCUAGCAUAGGAAGUGGUGAUCAUGUUAAUAUUCGAGCCGCCAGCUGGCUUAAAGGAGCUGUAAGGGUGAGAAGGACAGACCUUACAUAUGUUGGUGCAGUGGAUGAUGAUAGUUGAUUUACGAUAAUUUUUUAUUGGUUGAGUAUGUGAACCCCUCAGCAGGUGCUUCAUUUAUCUAUUUUUGAUGCAUGAAUGGCAUGAAGAUGCCGUUUUGUGCUUGCCCCUGUGUUGAAGGGAGGCUGAGGGGGACAUUAUUUUGAAAAAGAAUGGAUGAAAGGGAUGGGUUCUUUGUUGAAGAGAAGAGGUUAUGCCCUGACACACAGCUCAUCUUAUUGUUCUGGCCUGGUUGACUACUAACCUGUUGAUCACCCCCAUCUGGAUUGUGAAAUUCCUGUCACAGUUCAGUGGUUUGUUGUAUAUAUAGGGAUAUGAUUGUUUCACUUCCCCAAUUGAUCUUAGUAAUAUAUCUCAAGUGAUCUGUAGUUGUUUCAUGCUCAUUUAUAUCUAAUGGACGCUUUUGUGCAGUGUCUAUAUCUUUUAGGGUCACUAGCACAUAAAAAAAAAAGGCACUCAAUCAUUAUGUCUUUCCAUAUAUUUAGAUUAUCAAAGUUAUGUGCUUGA